AGAAAACCAUGAGCCUGAAGAUUUUGAGCUUCUUUUUUAUUCAUUUUUUAAGUUGCCUUCUGCACAGAAGAUGAAUUCUUAUCUUUCAGUUAAUUCAAUAUACAGAGGGGAGGCUGUUCUUUGAACACUGUGGACAUUUAGUCACUGAAAUGAAGGUUGAGCAAAUCCUUAGGUACUAUAGUAUAGUGCAGGGCUCCUGUGUCAGUAAGAAAGUGGUUGAAAAAGUCUCCUCUUGUAUCUAAUUUGUGACUUUUUUCAAGUAAUCAGGCAACAGGGAUGAUAGUUGAUACAUUUAUUAAAAUUGUUUCCUCGUGCAUCUAAAAAAAAUAUUUCUUCAGACUAAAUCUUACUUGUAAUUAUGGGCAGAUAGUAACUGUAAACAGCACUGCUUUACUACUCAAUAGCUUUGUUCUUCCCAUGCUUAGAAAUUUAAUAUUUUCAAAGGCAGCCACUUGUUUUUUAAGGGCUCGCUGAUGCUGAAAUUAUGGGUUAGUAGCGGAUAUAGAAUCACUUUCUUAGGAAAUAAAAGUCAAGUUUGCUUGAGAAAUAUGUAUUCAAAGGUGAUGUGCAAGAUGAGAUCCAGGGGAAAAAUUGCUGUAUUAGAUGGACAAGAAGAAUCCCAAUAAUCCUAAGCUGAGCAAAGUAGUUGUCAGUGAAAGCUGUGACUGUGAGAUGUCGUGAGUGCAAGCACAGCAUGCUUGAGGCGGGUUUUAUGUCUCACCAUUACUUUAGUAGUCAAUUUUGUGAACUGUGUGCAGGUGCUUUCCUUUUUCCAAUUAUCCCCUCAUUUUUUUUCAGGGGGGAUGAAGGUAAAACUAAUGAGUGCAUUCCCUGUGUAGUUGCAAUAGCUGAGCCAAAUUAUAUUGUGUUUUAGGGACUGAGAUUCUGUUGGUAUGCUGACUUUUCAAGCUGAUAACUCUUUCAGUUGCUAAGGAAAUUCGGAGAGCGACCUCAACCGAAACGGCUCACCAGGGAAGCAAUGCGAAACUACCUGAAGGAGCGAGGUGACCAAACAGUACUAAUACUCCAUGCAAAAGUUGCGCAGAAAUCAUAUGGAAAUGAAAAAAGGUUCUUUUGUCCUCCUCCGUGUGUGUAUCUUAUGGGCAGUGGAUGGAAGAAAAAAAAAGAGCAAAUGGAACGGGAUGGUUGCACUGAGCAAGAAUCACAACCUUGCGCCUUUAUUGGGAUAGGAAACAGUGACCAAGAAAUGCAGCAGCUGAACUUGGAAGGAAAGAAUUAUUGCACUGCCAAAACAUUAUACAUAUCAGACUCAGACAAGAGAAAGCACUUCAUGUUAUCAGUAAAAAUGUUCUAUGGCAAUAGUGAUGACAUCGGUGUGUUCCUCAGUAAACGGAUCAAAGUCAUCUCCAAACCAUCUAAAAAGAAACAGUCACUCAAAAAUGCAGACUUAUGUAUUGCAUCAGGGACAAAAGUGGCACUAUUUAAUAGACUUCGAUCCCAAACAGUUAGCACCAGAUAUUUGCACGUAGAAGGUGGUAAUUUCCAUGCCAGUUCACAACAGUGGGGAGCAUUUUACAUUCACCUCUUGGAUGAUGAUGAAUCAGAAGGAGAAGAAUUCACAGUGAGAGAUGGCUACAUUCAUUAUGGCCAGACUGUCAAACUUGUGUGCUCAGUUACUGGCAUGGCACUCCCAAGACUGAUAAUUCGAAAAGUAGAUAAACAAACGGCGUUAUUGGAUGCAGAUGAUCCAGUAUCACAGCUCCAUAAAUGUGCAUUUUACCUUAAAGACACUGAGAGAAUGUAUUUGUGCCUUUCCCAGGAGAGAAUAAUUCAAUUUCAAGCCACUCCAUGCCCAAAAGAACCAAAUAAAGAAAUGAUUAAUGAUGGAGCUUCUUGGACAAUCAUUAGCACAGACAAAGCCGAAUAUACGUUUUAUGAGGGGAUGGGACCGGUCCAUGCUCCAGUGACGCCUGUGCCUGUUGUAGAAAGUCUUCAAUUGAAUGGUGGUGGGGAUGUAGCAAUGUUGGAACUUACAGGACAGAACUUCACUCCAAAUUUACGUGUCUGGUUUGGGGAUGUGGAAGCUGAAACCAUGUACAGAUGCGCGGAGAGCAUGCUGUGUGUUGUUCCAGACAUUUCUGCAUUUCGAGAGGGUUGGAGAUGGGUCCGACAGCCAGUCCAGGUUCCAGUAACUUUGGUCCGUAACGAUGGCAUAAUUUACUCCACCAGCCUUACCUUUACAUACACACCGGAACCAGGGCCACGGCCACACUGCAGUGCUGCUGGAGCAAUCCUCCGAGCCAACUCGAGCCUCAUGGCUUCCAGUGAAACAAACACAAACAGCGAGGGAAGUUACACAAGUGUCAGCACAAACCCAACCAACGUCACAUCAUCUACAGCAACUGUAGUUUCCUAACUACUGUUGUUUGUCUGGACUUUAACUGACUGUCAUGUGCUACGUUCAAGAGAACUGAACAAUUUUUGUGGUUUCAUGGGAAAACACCUUUCCGUUUUAGGUGAUAUGAGUUGAACCUUGUUACCUGCAAGUGAGAUCUUAAAAACAGAAGCCACGAUAAAAAAAAAAAACAACAAAACAAACCAACAGCCGAAACAUAAGAACUUUAUUGAAAAUCUAUUUUUCAGCUGGUUUUUUUAGUGGGCAAGAAACAAAAAUGUGGCUGGGAUACAUGUUGAGCAAACUAGAAAACAUGAACACAACAUAGUUUUUAUGGACCAAGGAACUUGUAUAAGCUUUAGUAUAAAAGGUACAUUUUCACCAUACCUUUUUUGUAUCACAACAUAUAGUACACUUUUGUUACCAAAUAGUUUAUAUUUUUUUUUCUCUGAGCUUUUGCUCUGAAGUAUAUUCAGGUUCCAAAGCCUGACCAUGCUUGUAUAAUCUAAUUACCAUACUCUUCCAGUUUUAAAAAAAAAUAUAUAUUUUUGGUCUGUGGCUGGAACUGUUCCUUUUUUUAAACUGAAGUCUUGUGACUUUUUAUGGACUGAAAUUGUUUUUAUUUCAGCAAGUAGAACCUUGUAAAGGCCAGCAUAUUUUUUUUAAGAUUAUAUGAAGUCUGUGCAAAAGCUUUAAAAAAUGCCUCUGCCUUGCCUGCAAUACAUGCAAUGUAUGUUAACUUUAGUGCUCUGUUUUCAGUCAUUGUUAAUAGUUAUUUCUGUUUUUCUUUUUUUAAAUACGUAUUUAUAGUGAUAAUUCAUGAGGUUCUAACAUUACAUGAGUUUUUUUCCUAAAGUGGCAUCUCAAGCAGUCAUAUUAAUGAUUGUUCAUGUCACAGGCAUAUGUUGGUGUUUUUGAAGGGUUGUUACUGGGUUACUCCCCCUCUUCCUUGCUCAGUCAUAUUACAUCUGAAAAUGUUUCAGGAUCUGUUCAGGUUUUUCUAAUCUUGUAUAUAAUUUGUAUUAAAUGUAAGUUAAAUGUUUUAUUUCAAAA